CCCCGCCCCGAACCACGCCUCAAACUAUACAUUUCAAAAUGGGGUAUCGAAGAGGGAAGCUCUUGCUGAUUUUUCUCUUUUUCCAAAUAGUCUUAGUCUUAUUCUUUUUCACAUUAUUAUCCUUUGGCUCUAAGAGUUUUAAUUCCAACAAAAAUGAGCGUUCCAGCAUCAUAAACAGAGACUUAAGCUCUAAUCAGUUUCUCGUCAAUCCCAGUAUACUAGCCGGCCCUACUGUAUCAGAUCACACUACAUCAUCAUCAGCAUCCACGGAAAAGAGCAGCCCUGUAUUGCCAGCAACUUCAGAAAGGACCACUCCUAUUCUAAUACCGUCACAUUUCAUACCAGAUCUUUUGACAGUACCAGACUCAUCUUUUAAAAUGUAUUCUGCUUAUUUGGACGACAGGGAAAAGUUUUACGGUCCAGCAGUGUAUGUACUUGGUAUCGACCUCAUGAAACGAUAUUCAGAAGGAUUGAGAGGUUUAAUUACUUAUAAUAAUGGAGCUCGUGUUUGCAUUGGGCCUGCAAUCUUUGAGAAACCUUGUGAUUAUAAAUGCAACAGGUAUGUACAUUAUACGACAUAUGACACCGUGAAUAACGUUUUUAAACUCAAUCAUCCUCUGAAUUCCUCCGUAUAUCCAACUUUGAUUAGUAUUUCAAGAGACUGCACAGGAAAUUUAGCAUCAAAACCACUUAAGAUCCACCCACACAACCCAAAUAAGGACAAACGGGAUUUUGGGAUUUGCAUACAGACCCCCGUAUAUGGUAAAGUACAAGUUGAAGAUCUCGUGUAUUUCAUUGAAAUGAACAAGUUAUUAGGGGCGGAGUGGAUAAUGAUGUAUUCAAUGAUUGAUGGACUUGAGAAUAAUGAUGAAUUACAACCUUACAUACGGGAUAACCUACUAACCGUCGUACCCUGGCCAAAAAUAUUCAAAAAAUUGAGCCCAACUCAUUAUUUUGGUGAGAUAUUGUCGGUUCAUGACUGUCUCUAUCGUUCUUUAAGUUGGAUCAAACAUUUGGUACUUAUUGAUAUUGAUGAGCUGAUAAUACCAAGGCAUGGUAGAACAUGGAGUGAGAUGAUAGGAUCAAUUCCAAAGGCAUAUGACGCUUACCUGGUAAUAAAUACGUACUAUACCUCUGCUAAGGAUAAAGACACAGAACUUGAUAAAGUAAUUGAUAAAGAAGUAAUUGAUAAAGAAACUGAAUUAGUUCCAACUAAGAGCAGCUGUCAUGUUGUACCUUAUUUUAAUAAACUGUAUCGAUAUUCAUGCAUGUUCCGACCUUACAGACGUUCAAAAGUGUUAAUAAGAGUUGAUGCUAUUAAGAAUCUCGAUAUUCACGCUAUCCCUAGUGCCAACAAGGCUAAAGUGUACAUUGUUCCUACUAAUAUAACGUCGUUGCUUCAUUAUAGAGGUGACCCGACUCCAGACUGUAAGAACAAGAGUCUCAUUUAUGAUUCAAUCGCUUUGAAGUACAAGAGAGAUUUCAUUUUAAAUUCUGGUAUAAAUGUAUGUCAUGAGAAUGAUAAUAUUUGAUAUAAAUAUUUGAUGUUGAUAUUAA